CAGUGUGGAGUGACAGAGCGCCGCUCAGACUCAACUCGGAGCAAAUAAAGUGCAGCGGCCGCUCCGGGUUCUCAUCAGCACGAGAGAGAGAGAGAGAGAGGGAGAGAGAGAGCGGGGAAGAGAGAGAGAGCGCGGGGAAGAGAGAGAGAGAGAGAGAGAGAGAGAGAGCGAGGGGGAAGAGAGAGAGAGAGAGAGAGAGAGAGAGAGAGCGCGGGGUAAGAGAGAGAGAGAGAGAGAGAGAGAGAGCGAGGGGGAAGAGAGAGAGAGAGAGAGAGAGAGAGCGCGGGGUAAGAGCGGUGUAGAGUUUGUUGACUUUUCAGUUUUCGGGAUGAUGUUGAGCGGAGCGCUGCGCGUGCUCGGCUGCGCGCUCAUAGCCGGACUCGCUGUGUGUCCGCGCGCCAGUCGGGCGAUCUGCCCCGAGAGAGAGCUGCAGGAGCGCGAGGAGGAAGCCAACAUCGUCCUCACCGGCACCGUGGAGGAGAUCCUCAACAUGGACCCGCUGCAGAACACUUACUCCUGCAAGGUGAGGGUAUGGCGCUACCUCAAAGGCAAGACUAUAGUCAAAGGAGACAUACUGCUGGAUGGUGGGAACAAGGUGAUGAUUGGUGGUUUCGGGGACCCGAGUAUCUGCGACAACCAAGUGGCGACUGGAGACACGCGCAUCUUCUUCGUCAACUUGGCCCCAGAAUACAUGUGGCCUGUGCACAGAAACGAGCUGAUGCUUAACUCCAGCCUGAUGAGGAUUACACUGCGCAACUUGGAGGAAGUCGAACUUUGUGUAGAAGACAAACCUGGCACCCCUCCGCAUGUCCCACCUCCUGAUGGCUGCCGCGGAAAGCUCUGUGGUUUCGGUGCAGUGUGUGAAAGAGAUUCUACCGAACCUUCAAAAGGAGUGUGUGUGUGCAAGAAGAUGGUGUGUCCAUCUGUGGUGGCGCCUGUGUGCGGCUCGGACUCCUCCACCUAUUCCAACGUGUGUGAGCUGGAGAAGGCUCAGUGCAAUGCUCAGAGACGCAUCAAGGUGAUGCGCAAAGGCUCGUGUGCUCUGAAGGACCCGUGCAGCGAGAUGACGUGUAGCUACGGCAGCACCUGCAUCCAGUCUUCUGACGGCCUCUCCGCUAAGUGCAUGUGUCCUCUGAGCUGUGAUCAUGUGCCCAAGAUUACAGUGUGUGGCAGCGAUGGCUUGGACUAUCCCAGCGAGUGUGCUCUCAACAUGAAGGCCUGCUCCACCAACAAGAACAUUCGCCUCCAUCACAUUGGCCUCUGUGAUCCAUGCCGCAUGCACCAGAACAGCCUCAACAUAAUAUGCGUGUAUGACGCACAGACCCAAAAGGUUCAAAGUCUUGCCCCGCCCUCGGCGUGUCCAUCAGACCCCGAGCCACUGUGUGCCAGCGAUGGGAGGAGCUACAACAGCGAGUGCCAGAUGCAGCGCACGGCUCUGCAGAAAGACCGCCAGCUGAAGAAGGUUCACUCAGGGCCCUGCAAGAAGCAAGAGGAAUGCCAGGACGAGUGUAAGUUCAGCACUGUGUGCUUGCUGGAGCAUGGAAGGGCACGCUGCUCCUGCGAGCCAAUCCGCUGUGACGGAACCUACACUCCUGUCUGUGGUAACGACGGCCACACGUACCCUAACGAUUGUGAGAGGAGGCGUGCCGAGUGCCUCACCCAAACCACCAUCCGCAUCAAACAGCAAGGGCCCUGUGAUCUGAACGCGCCGAGCCCAUGUCUGAAGAAGAAGUGUGAGUUCGGGAGCUCGUGCGUGGUGAAGAACAGCCAGGCCGUGUGCGAGUGCUUGGAUACGUGCCUCCAAGCCUCUGACCCUGUGUGUGGCACCGACGGACAAACCUAUACCAGCCAGUGUCAGAUGAAUGCCAUCAGUUGCACCCUGCAGAAAAACAUCCAGAUAAAGCACAAAGGACCUUGUGAUAAGGCCUGCGCGAACUGCUCGUUCGGUGCUAUCUGUGACGAACAGACCCGCCAGUGCGUGUGUCCAAAGGAAUGUGUGGUCUCCAAGCAGCCCGUGUGCGGCAGCGACGGCACUACUUACACGAACGAGUGCGAGCUGCACGUACGCGCCUGUACCAAACAGAUAGACCUCCAUGUGGUGGGGCAAGGAGAAUGCAAGACCUGUGGCAACACUGUGUGUAGUUGGGGUGCCCGCUGCAUCCAGAAUAAGUGUGAGUGCCCUCAGUGUGCGGAUCAGCCCACUGCACAGGUAUGCGGCACGGACGGCAUCACCUAUGCCAACGAAUGUGAGCUGCGCUCGGCGUCCUGUUGGCAGAAGAAGAACAUAGAAGUGGCGAGGCCUGGCAGCUGUGACGAAGACUGCGGGUCUGGAGGCUCAGGCUCCGGGGUGGAGGCAUGUGAACAGGAACGCUGUCGGAGAUUCGGAGGCUCGUGGGAUGAGGACAGGGAGGAUGAAGGCUGUGUGUGUGAUUUCACUUGCCAGAAUGUGCCUCGUAGUGAGGUCUGUGGGACAGAUUGGAAAAACUACAGCAAUGAGUGUGAGCUAAAGAAGGCUCGGUGUGAGCAGCAGAUCGAUCUGCUACUUAAAAGCCAAGGCCCAUGUCCAACUACUCAGCUUUUCUCUGGUAUGAUCACCACAACACACUGCAGCGAGACCGUGUACGGAUGCUGUAAAGACAACAAGACUGCUGCGCAGGGUGUCGAAAUGGCAGGAUGUCCCAGUAAGUGUCACUGUAACCAGUACGGCUCGUACGGAGGAACGUGUGACCCCAGCACAGGCCAGUGCUCCUGCAGGCCCGGAGUCGGAGGCCUCAAGUGUGACCGCUGUGAGCCCGGCUUCUGGAACUUCCGCGGCAUCGUGACCGAGAAGGCGAGCGGCUGUACACCGUGUAACUGUGAUGCAGUGGGCUCAGUGAGGGAUGACUGUGAGCAGAUGACAGGCCUCUGCUCCUGUAAGACUGGAGUGAAGGGCAUGAAAUGUGACGUUUGCCCCGACGGCAGCAAGAUGGCUGCCAAUGGCUGUGACAAAGUCGCAGGUCCCCGGACAUUAUUGUCGUGUGCCGAGCUGCAGUGCCGCCACGGAGCGUCGUGUGUGGAGGUAAACGGGCAGGUUUACUGCGAGUGUCCGUCUCCUGACUGCGACCAGACAAACAAGACCAAGGUCUGUGGUACAGACGGUGUGACCUACGCUGAUUAUUGCCAGUUGAGGACUAUUGCCUGUCGACAAGAUAAGGACAUUACUGUGAAGCACUUAGGCCAGUGCACAGAAUCCAUCUCUGAGCUGGGGGUCAAGCCCACCCCCCUGGCCAUCACUCCACACGCCACACCCACUGCACCCGUCAAGGUCACCCCGACACACCAUGGCCUCACCACCACCCCAUUCGACUACGACGAGAAGGACGACACAUACCCUAAAUUGGAAGUUGCUCCUCCGGCCCUGGAGUCAUCCACGCCUUUCCCCACCCACAGCCCCCCAACCACUCCUCACCAUCCACCCCGCUCCCCAUCACCCUCCUCUGGCUUUGAGGAUUCAGGCAGUGGGGAGCCCAGUGGGGAUGACGACAUGGAGGGUAGCACAUUGGAGGCGAGCGGAGACGAGCCUGUCGGUCCCACUGUAGCGGCCACCACUCUGCCAACAGGUGAAGUACGUUCGUCCUGCGAUAACACACCUUUCGGUUGCUGCCCUGAUGGCAAGACUAUUGCUAUCAAUCCAGAUGGAACCAACUGCCCGUCCACCACGCGCUAUAUCGGAUUCCUGCACCUGGACCAGGUCGACGGUCAGGAGGUAUUUUACACACCAGAGUUGGAUGACCCCAAAUCAGAGCUGUUUGGUGAGACAGCUCGCAGCAUCGAGAGUGCUCUUAAUGAGUUAUUCCGUAAGUCUGAUGUACGGAAGGACUUCCAGAGUGUCCGAGUGAAAAAUCUGGCUCCCAGCAACUCCAUCAUGGCGAUAAUCGAGGCUCACUUUGACCCAGGCACUAGAUUUGUAGUAGAAGAUGUUGAGGAUGCUUUGCUGAAACAGCUUAAGACAGCUAAAGAUCCUGGCAUUGUAGUGAAACAACCUGAAGAGGAAUAUAUCCAUUUCAACAAUUUUGGUCCCUCUGUUCUUCCACUCUUCACCACCACUGCUACCACUAUCGCCACUGCUACACCCACUAUCGCUACCACUACCACAAGCACCAUGCCCCCUACCACCUCCUCCAUUACAACACAACAACCAGCCACCACUAAACGGCCCUACACCACCCGCAGAACCACUACAGCUGCCCCGAUCACCAGCACCUCCCCACAGCCCACCACUGCUGCCACCAGUACCACCACCACUGUGCCCUUCCAGACCCGACCUGUCUUCGAGCAAGACAAAGCCCCAGGCCCAUGCGACUCGCAGCCCUGCGGCCACGGAGGCACCUGCGAGGAGGACGGCGACGAUUUCACCUGCACCUGUCCUGCUGGAAGAGGGGGAGCUGUGUGUGAGAAAGUGAUAAAGUAUUACAUCCCGUCCUUUGGCGGCAAAUCGUACUUGGCCUUCCCAACCAUGAAAGCCUACCACACCGUGCGUAUUGCUAUAGAAUUCAGAGCCUCCGACACGACAGGUCUACUCCUCUACAACGGCCAGGACGGCAAGAAGGACUUCCUCUCUUUGGCUUUGGUAGAAGGAAAGGUGGAGCUCAGGUUUAACACGGGUUCUGGAACCUGCUCGGUGGUCAGCAGCGUCACAGUGAAACCUGGUCACUGGCAUCACUUAGUGGUCAUCCGUAACAGACGCAAUGCUUCACUCAGUGUCAAUAAUGAGAUGCCUGUUGAGGGCCAAAGCCCGACAGGCACUGAUGGACUCAACCUGGACACUUUUCUUUUCAUCGGUGGCGUGCCUGAGGAGAUGAUCCAAGAUGUGAAGGAGAGGACCUCAGUCUCUACCGGUCUGAUUGGCUGUAUCCGCCUCCUGGAUGUCAACAACAUGGUGUACAACCUUCAAGAGAAAGGGGGCAACGUUCUGUACGGCACAGCUGUCGGGGAAUGCGGUAACAACCCCUGUCUUCCCAACCCCUGCAAAAACGGUGCCUCCUGUCAGACUAAAGGAGCCGAGAUGUUCCACUGCAAGUGCAUUAAUGGCUUCUCAGGUCCAACCUGCGCUGAUUCGCACAACCCGUGUGAGCCGAACCCGUGCCACCCUUCCGCUCAGUGCCACGUGCUUCCAGAGGGAGGCUUCAGAUGCGAGUGCCCCAUGGGCCGCGAGGGCAAGCACUGCAGGAAACUAUCAGACAAGAAGGGGGCCUACAUUCCCUUCUUCAGUGGCGACUCCUACCUCGAGCUGAAGGGCCUCCAUUUAUACAGUCAUGAUCUGAGGCAAAAGGUCAGCAUGACUGUAGUCCUGCUGGCUAAUGACUCAAACGGCAUGAUCUUCUACAAUGGCCAGAAGACAGAUGGCAAAGGAGAUUUCAUCUCUCUUGCACUGAAUGAUGGCAUCCUAGAGUUUCGAUAUGAUCUGGGCAAAGGGCCAGCUGUCAUUAGGAGUAAAGAGAAGCUCAAGCUGAAUGUUUGGAACACAGUGAACCUGGAGCGAGCAAACCGUAAAGGAGAACUCACUAUUAAUGGCAAAGACUCAGUCAGAGGAGAGGCACCGAACCAGCACACAGAUCUCAACCUGAAGGAAUCCCUGUAUGUGGGCGGAGCACCAGAUUUCCGUAAACUGGCCAGAGCAGCGUCAAUUAAAGCUGGAUUUAAGGGAGCCAUCCAGAAGAUUACUUUGAUGGGCACGCCAAUCCUAAAGGCCGAUAACGCUCUUCACUCCAGCGACGUGUCCAUGUACACUCACCACCCUUGUUCCAAAGACGUGUGCGAGAACGGCGGCGAGUGCAAUCCACUGCUCGAGAACUACGAGUGUGUGUGUCCAUUCGGCUUCACGGGACCACACUGCCAGCACACUACCUACGAGAAAGCAGCCGGGGAGUCCGAGGCCAUUGCUUUUGAUGGCCGAACGUUCAUCGAAUAUCACAACGGAGUCACCAAGAGUGAGAAGGCCUUGCUGGUGAACAAGUUUGAGCUGAGCAUCAAAACCGAGGCCACUCACGGCCUCCUCCUGUGGAGUGGGAAGGGUAUGGAGCGCUCUGACUACAUUGCGCUGGCCAUCGUGGAUGGACGUGUCCAGAUGACCUAUGACCUCGGCUCCAAACCAGUAGUCUUGCGAUCAUCAGUGCGGGUCAACACUAAUCACUGGAUCCGCAUUAAAGCCAGCAGAGCACUGAGGGAUGGAUCUCUGCAAGUCGGCAAUGAGGCAGCAGUGACGGGCUCCUCACCUCUGGCUGCCACUCAGCUGGAUACAGACGGUGCCCUUUGGCUGGGUGGUCUUGAGGAUAUGGCUGUGGCCCGCCGCCUCCCCAAGGCCUACAGCACAGGCUUCAUGGGCUGCGUGAAAGAUGUGAUCAUCGACGGCGUGGAUUUGCAUCUAGUGGAAGACGCCUUAAACAGCCCCAAAAUAUUACACUGUUCAGCCAAAUAGCCUGGCACCACCUUCCUCCCAGCACCAUGUCUACUGCUGUAAUUAUUUCUAUUUUUGUAUACUUUUCAUUGCUUUUUAUAUUGGAAAAAACAAACAAUGGCAUUGUUUUAAUUUUGGUUUGUUUCCAUUAUAUAUAUAUAUAUAUAUAUAUAUAUAUAUAUAUAUAUAUAUAUAUAUAUAUAUGGUUUAUUUUGAUCUGCACCUCCAUUCAUCUACAAUUCCUCCCCACCCCCCCAAAUUGCAGUUACAUGGUGUCAAAAGACAAGAAAAUAUGUAUUAUAUUUGUGGUGUUGUUUUUAGAACACCAGAAAAAAAAAAUCAUUAUCUUGCUCAUUACUUGAAAUGGUGAAUAAGGUAGGUGCUGUUUGUCCUCUCUCGACUGCCUUCUCUGGGUGCCAUAACAUAAUUUCCUGCAUUGUAGUACACCAUGUACAUUCCACUGAGUCUCUGCUGCAGGUAAUACCUAUCGCUUCAAGCAUGUGUGACUUUUGACUUGAUCAACAAAGGACUGUCACUGUUAACUGAGCUGAACAAGUGGACAAGUCCCAUUAGACCAGUAACCGGGGUCCAGCCCCUUUGCUCUUAAUGUUUUUAAGCUCCUCGCUAACACAGAACUUCGAAGCUUGUCAACGACAAAAAAAAAUUGCAUACGGUAGAUCUUCAGAAAUGUCUGAAAUAUCAAGCUGAACUCUCAGUAACUGACACAAGAUGUUAUUAAUGAAUAGAACAAUAAUACAUGAGACUGUGAGCAAUGAGAGAGUCUUUUCUGUCACAAGCAUUCGUCUCAUGUGUUGUGCACCGUGUCUAAUCCUUAAGAAUGACCACUUGCUGCAUGCAACCUUUUUUAAAUGUCAAGUUCAUUUUGCCUUGGUUGAUCUUGCGCUUUCUUAUUCCUUUCAGGGCAAAAAUUGAGUUUGUCAGGUUGCACUGAAAUGUAUAUGUUUCUUCUGAUUUAAGGUGUUUUUGUUUGUUUGUUUGUUUGUUGGGUUUUUUGUUGAGUUUGACUUGAGUGAAUUGAUGGACCUCGUUUUAUACGUGUCAGUCUGUCAUGCUCGAAAAGCAAGAAAUGGUUGCUACUGCUACACUAGUCUCUGCCAUGAGGAGGCACCGUAGCACAAGGAGACGAAACAGGAGCCACAGGAAACAGAUGACAGCAGGGCGGUUGCAAGAACACUGAUAUAGCCUUGGAAUUUUUCAUUCAGUCCUGAACUCGGCAGGAUUUUCUUCGAACGUCGCUUUAAACGAUCCCGUCAGCACUUGCACCGGAAAAAGGGACAUCUAGACCCAUGCAUUUGAUGUCUAGAUGCUUGCAUUUUCUGACUGUGGUCCUGGAUCAGUUGUUAGAAUAAGCAAAUGUAUUGAAAACAAUAACAAAUAAAAUAAUAAUAAUAAUAUUGUUAUUAUUAUUAUUAUAAAUAAUAAUAAUAAUAAUAAUAAUAAUGCAUGGGGUUUUGUUUUAUGAAAAUGAUUUUUGUAACGUUUGAAGACAAAUGUGAUGCAAUUGUUUGUACUGCUGACCUGAAAACAUUGUAAGAAAUAAUUUUAGUUUCAAUACAAGUCCAAAACUAAAAGAAAAAAAAAGCCUGUUCAUAGUAAAGUAUCAUGUUGUUAUUUUGUGGAGAGAAAUCUAUAUUUCCUUCAUUUCGUUUUUUUCCCCUUUUUUUGUUUUCGUUCUUUUUUUUGUUUGUUUAAAGCAGUGAGACAGAUGAAAUUGUUUUAUAUAGCCCUGUCACUAUGUAAAUGAAUAAUGUGCAUCUAUGGAUUUUUUUUUUUUUUUAAGUAUUACACACUGGAAGCAAUUCUAACUUGUUUGUUCAGUUCACAUAUUCUAUUCCUGCGCAUUCGAGGGAGAAAAUGAUCAUAUAUUGGUAUAUAUUUUGAUUUACAGUACAGUAAGGGGGUUUCUAGUGUUACAAUCCAAAACGCAACAGCCCAGUAUCUCUGCAUCAGCUGAACAUCUAUACUCUGUUACAUAGCAUCCACAUCGGUUUAUCAUUAUCUUUUCCUAUUUGUGGUUACUUCUUUUUUUAAAACAUUUGAUGUUCAGUGGCUAUGUAACAAAAGGGACCUCCUGCAUGCUCGGAGGGCACUGAAAGGACAGAGUGCUGGGCUCAUGAAGAUGGAGCACAUGCAUGAACAUCCACUGUCUGGAUGGGAACUGUCUGAGAAAUGCCUUAAACCCAUCUUCACUCACCGGUGACAGAGUCAACAUCUUUAAUAAUCUACUCCAUGCUCUCUGUUUAGCCACUAUAUUAGCCACAUCGCCACAUCAUGUAAAUGAAUUCAUAGAUAUUAAUAUUUGUAUUAAUACUGUUUAUGAGAAUAUCCCAGAAUGCCUCAAAAAUAGAUGUUCUGGACUCUACAGAUAGAAUAUUUACUGUAUAAAUGCUAUUUUCAAUAUCUAUUUAUGUCUUUGAGUGGAUUCCAUUACUGGCCUUUGUAAACUACUGUUUUAAUUCCAAUAUACCUGAAGGGCAGUGCUCAGAAUGAGAGUGGCAUGACAUUCCCAUUACUAACUUUAUUACUUGUGUCUUGUGUUCCCACCACCAUGAAAUAAAGUGUAAAACAAACCGUAA